UCAACCUUUGUCUCCCCCCUAAACCUGCAAUAAAGGAGAGACAAGAGGGAAUCCCUUCUCCAAUGGCGGCCAUGGCGUCCCUUUUCAUCAAAACUCCAACCCCGUCUCAACCUUUACCAAAAACCCACCGCAUCACUUUCCCUACUAUCUCUCGUCUCUCCUAUUCUUACAAGCAGAAACCGAUUCGUGUCUCUUGUGGCUUAAUUGAACCAGAUGGAGGCAAGGUCGUUGAGCUUGUGGUUCCUGAAUCACACAGGGAUGUUAAGAGGAGAGAAGCUAUGUCUUUGCCCAAAAUCAAGCUGUCUAGAAUCGAUCUAGAAUGGGUUCACGUGCUCAGCGAGGGCUGGGCUAGUCCACUCACCGGGUUCAUGAGAGAAUCCGAGUUCCUCCAAACUCUUCAUUUUAACUCGCUCCGUUUAGGAGACGGGUCUGUCGUCAAUAUGUCUUUGCCAAUCGUCUUGGACAUUGAUGAUUCUCAAAAGAAUCGGAUAUCUGGUUCCGCAUCUGUUGCACUUAUUGACUCCUCUGAUAAUCCGGUUGCUCUUUUGAACAAUAUUGAGAUCUACAAGCAUAAUAAGGAAGAACGGAUAGCAAGAACUUGGGGUACUACCGCCCCUGGUCUCCCUUAUGUGGAAGAAGCCAUAACAGGUGCAGGAGAUUGGUUGAUUGGAGGUGAUCUUGAAGUUAUACAACCAAUCAAGUACCAUGAUGGUCUUGAUCAUUAUAGACUGUCCCCUUCAGAAUUGCGUGAGGAAUUCUCAAAGCGGAAUGCUGAUGCUGUGUUUGCUUUCCAGCUCAGGAAUCCCGUACACAAUGGCCAUGCUCUGCUGAUGACUGACACACGCCGUCGGCUUCUUGAAAUGGGUUAUAAGAACCCUGUUCUCUUGCUUCAUCCACUGGGGGGCUUCACAAAGGCAGAUGAUGUUCCACUUUCUUGGCGAAUGAAGCAGCAUCAGAAGGUACUUGAAGAUGGUGUUCUUGAUCCAGAAAAUACCGUUGUUUCAAUAUUUCCUUCUCCGAUGCACUAUGCUGGCCCAACCGAGGUGCAGUGGCAUGCUAAGGCUCGGAUCAAUGCAGGUGCCAACUUUUACAUAGUGGGCCGUGAUCCAGCUGGCAUGGGUCAUCCAGUUGAGAAAAGAGAUUUAUACGAUGCUGACCACGGCAAAAAAGUACUUAGCAUGGCACCUGGACUUGAACGGCUAAAUAUUCUCCCUUUCAAGGUGGCAGCCUAUGACAAGACAAAGCAGAAAAUGGAAUUCUUUGAUCCUUCCAGACCUCAAGAUUUCCUCUUCAUUUCCGGCACCAAGAUGCGAACCCUUGCAAAGAACAAAGAAAGCCCGCCAGAUGGAUUCAUGUGCCCUGGUGGUUGGGAAGUUUUGGUUCAAUAUUACGAAAGUUUGGCUGCAAAUGACUCUGGUCGAGUCCCUGAACCCAUCCCGGCUUGAAAACCAGAAUGCUUUCUAAAUUGUGUGGAUUGUUUUGAUAAGAACAUGAUUUCUACUUUUGCCCAAAUAAGUUAUUGUGGUGAUGACAUUGCCUCCAUGUAUAAAAUCAUCUACUGCUGCUGGUUGCUCCUCCACAUUGUAAUAUAUUCUAGUUGCGCUUUUUAAUACAGAAACAGACUUGCAGGUUUUCAGUUUGUCUGCGUUUCUUC